AACUAAACUAGCCCAAGCUUCUCAUGUGCUCCCAUUUCACACAACAAAAAGGCAAAAAAAAAAAAAACAAUUAUUAACAAAAACAAACAAAGCUUCUGCAAAAAUUAUUGAAUUCUAGUUCUAGGGUUUUGAAGCUCCCAGUUAGGGUUUUCACAGAGAGAGAGAAAUGGUUAGCCCCAAAUCGAGAACCGGAGAGAGCGUUCCCUGCGAUUACUGCAAUGACCAGAUUGCGGUUCUCUACUGCCGGGCCGACUCGGCCAAGCUCUGCUUGUUCUGCGACCAACACGUCCACUCCGCCAACGCUCUUUCUCGUAAGCAUCUCCGAUCUCAGAUCUGCGACAACUGUGGCUCCGAACCUGUCUCCGUCCGCUGCGCCACCGACAACCUCCUCCUCUGCCACGACUGCGACUGGGACGCCCACGGCAGCUGCUCCGUCUCCGCCUCACACGAUCGCAACCCCGUCGAGGGUUUCUCGGGAUCUCCCUCUGCUCUCGAGCUCGCUUCGGCUUUGGGUAUCGAUUUGGAGGACAAAAAACCUCAAUCGCAAUUGCCAUCGAUUCCGAAUUGGAGUUUUCAGGAUUCCAGUGGAGUGAAUUUCGAUUCGUGGAUGUAUAAAUCUGCUGCGGGUGUUACGCUGCAAGAUUUGAUGGUUCCGAGUGGGAAUAAUGCAAUGAUGUACUCGGAGAUGGGUUCGAAGAGGCAGAGUCCGAGCUGUGGGAAGCAAAAUCAAGUCUUGUUGAGGCAGUUGAUGGAGCUGUUUAAGACGGAGGUAGUGGCAGUGGAUGAUGAUAACGGCGGCAGCGGUGGUGGUGAGAAUUUAGUUCCGAAUCAGAGUGAUUGGCAGCAGGCGAAUGUUGAAGGUGCUGAUCUGGGAAGUGGGGGUGAUGAUGAGGUUGUAGAUCCUGUGAAUCAGUCAUUGCAACAACAACAACAACAACAUGAAACGCCUUUUACUUCUCUGCUUAUGAUGCAAACCCAUGUCGAUCCCAAAAGUGGCGAUCAAAUUGCUCAAGGGAACGUGUUUUGGGACACUAAUCAUAACAGUCAGGGUACUCAGAUAUGGGAUUUCAGUUUAGGCCGGUUAAGGGGUCAUGAUGAAUCCAGUCCAUUGGAAAUGGGAUAUGGUACAAGUGAUGCAGGAUUUAUGAUGAAAAGUUAUGAUGAACUCUUGAAAGAAGCAUCCUUGGCUAGUACGAAAGGGUUUGGGGAAAUUUAUGGGGCCAAUUGCUCUAUGACACACGAGGAUCUCACAGUUUUUCAUAAAAACGCAAAUAAGCCAACAGCAAGCCAUGGGCCUGCAACAUCAGAGAGCAACAAUUUACCUAUAGGACGACCCUCAUCAGGUUUAGCUUUCAUUAAACCAAAAGGCUAUAGUGCCUCAAAGGAUAUCCAGUUUACAGAAAGCUCUGUUCUGCUGAGAGGCGAGACCCCAACAGCAGCAAUAACGAAGGCUGACAUGGAGCAGCUUGCGCAAAACAGAGGCAAUGCCAUGCAGCGUUACAAAGAGAAGAAGAAAAACCGAAGAUACGAUAAGCACAUCCGGUACGAGUCAAGAAAGGCGAGAGCAGAUACCAGGAAGCGAGUUAAGGGUCGAUUUGUGAAGGCUAGUGAAGCUCCAGAUGGUUAAAUUCCUUCUGAAUUAUCUUUUUCUGAGCAUAA